AGGUUCACCAUGUCGUCGCGCCAGCCCAGGUUCAACCAGAAAGCCCUCAUCGACACCACCCCUCUGCCCGAUGACAUCCCCAAGGUCCAGGAGCUCGGAGCCAGUUCUGCGCCUCUGCUCAGUGCCGCCUACUUCAUUGGAGCGCGAUGCAAGGACUACAACGAUGACUACAUGAUGUGCAAGACCGAGUCGGCCGGCCGCGGCGAGCUUGACUGCAUGAAGGAGGGUCGCAAAGUCACCAGAUGUGCUGCUAGCGUUAUCAAGGACAUUAACGAGAACUGCCUCUCCGAGUUCCGCACCCACUGGCAAUGCUUGGAGAACCACAACCAGCAACUCUGGAACUGCCGGUCGGAAGAGAGGAAGUUGAACAAGUGUGUUUUCGAGAAGCUGAAUCUGGAGAAGAAGAUACCCGAUACACCCAAGGGCGAAACUCAAGUCCAUCUGCGGACGAAAAACACCUUUGCGACUCACUAAAUCUUGUAUAUAUCAUGCGCAACAGGAGAAUCAAAGGUCAUCAAUCCG